AUCAUCAACAAUGGUCUAGAUUGCUGGCACUGUAGGACAAAGCUUCCGAAAACAGCUUGGCAUUCAAUGAGUUAACAUUCUGACCUUCUGACGGCACUUGCUAAACAUUCACAAAAAGACAUUGUGGCUUUGUGUGUUCUUGUGAGUCUACUUGUCUUGAGUGCAGUUGUUGACUCAUCCUGUUAAUAGGGUAAAGACACUGUGUGCAGGCUCCCCACCACACCGCAACACAGUGCAGCGGAACACCUCUUUCACUACGCGCACCCACGCCACAGAGGAGUGAGAGUUCCACAGGUCGGGCCUGUGGUCUGCCUGGAGAACUCAGUGGGAGACAGACAGAGCGAGGGAGAGAUAGAGCACGGUUCUUUUUGUUCCAUUACCGUACAGCUUUAUAAAAGGGGGUGAACUUCUUUAACGUGGUUUCACACAUUUGAAGACAGGCGGCAGUCAGGCAAUGAGGCCCCUCUCAGUUCUCCUGCCAUUUCUUACAGUGCUGCUAAGCUAUGCUGCAAUGGGAGAAGCGAGCGGCCCGGUCAUCUCCUGCUGUCUGAAGACCAGCAAUACCCAAGUGCGGCUGCAGCUGCUGCAGUCCUACCAGUUUCAGAACGGGGCCAUGUGUCACGGGCUAAAUGCAGUGAGUUUUAUCACUAUGAAAGGAGUCACCAUUUGUUCAGAUCCUUCAACGCCUUGGGCCAGAAAAGCCAUGUCUUACCUUCAAAAAAAGCACAAGUCUCAAUCCAGGAACCAUGUCUCUUUACAUGACCCAAAGAAGCUCGCGCUAACCAUGCAUGAGAAUUUAUCCUUCACAGACAAACUGGAUUCACACUGAUUACCACCUUUUGGACACUGAACUCAUGUUUCACUUCUAUUCACAUUAUGGACAUUUCUGGAGCACAAUUUGUUUACUGAAAUGGCACAUUAAUUUAUAUAUUUUUUGUUUAUGUUGCUCUCUGAUGUGAUUACAAAGUUAUUGUACACAAUAAUGACAAUCUGUUUAUUUUUACAUGCAAAUAAAACCAAUGUGUUAAAUCCACCACA